CCGCGGCCUUCGUGUCAUCGCCGACACUCGUCGUCAAUCGUUCCCCGCGGCACUGUAUAUACGGUCGGCAACUCACGAGAUGAUCGCGUGCAGAAAAUCCGGCGGCGGCGACGACGACGACGGUACACCGAAGUCGAGAAGCGGCUGCGCACGGCGAGCGCGACAGGCAGACUGGACAGUGUUGGUGCACGGCCUGUGCGCCGCCAUAAUCGCUCUGACCACGCUCCGGAUCCUGCCGGCGUUGGCCGCGUGUCUGGUCAGCGUGUGCUUCCUGCAGUCGCCGGUGCUCAGAACGCUGUCGCGCGGACUGUUCCGAUUCCUCGGACUGCGAGGCGGCCACAGAUCAGCCAAACCGAAUGCCGGUAAUAGUGGAACCCGUCACGGCGGCCGACGAAGGAGUCCGCUUGCGCCGCAGGCUCCGUCGACAAGCGGCGACGGAGUUCCGCCGCCCGCUCCUCUGUCGACAAACGGCGACGAAGUUCCGCCGCCCACUCAUCCGUCGACAAGCGGCGGUGACGUUCUGCCGAGGUCACCGUCAACGAACUCUUCGCCGGUCGUCAAACGUAGUCUGCGAUUGCUGAUGCCAGUGAUGCGAGGCAUCCAACGAUCCAUCGUUAUUCGCCCGAAACGUUCGAGGCGGUCGUCGCUUAGGCGUUGUCGCGACAACGUGAGCAAAGCGACCGUCACCACCGUCACCGCUUGCGACAACAUCAUCACGAAGACCGUCGAGACGGUUUCGAGUUAUCGGGCCGACAACGAUGCCGCUCAUCACUGUGGCCAGUACCUGCAAUGCGCCACCAAAGAACACCGAUGAUAUGUAUAGUUAUUAUAGCGCGUAUAUAUUAUAAUAUAAAUAGAUUUAAACUAUUCUGUGGUAAUUUAUAUAUGCGUAGAUCGGGUAUACUCGAUAGUCCAUACGUUUGACGGGCUUUCGAUUUAAAAGCCACUGCGGUGACAUUUUUUCAUUUAUUAUUAUGGCGAGUUUCGUAAACAAUCUCUAGGCACUGAAUAAACCGAUUAUCGCGUUUAUAAUGUUUAUGUGUUAUGCAGUCGUCGUUAUAGUUAAUCCGCAUAAAAAAAAAAAAGGUCGAGCUUACAGUAACGCGUAUGUCGUCUGUCGUGCCGCGUCCAAAAGUCUAGCUCAACACGACUAAGCAAUCGGCAUAUACGAUAAAAGCCGCAUGGCACAACAGACGGCGUAGCUGUGUGAACCCUGCAGCUUAACCGAACGCGCGUUAUAUAUAGUGUUUAGGUUUAUAUUAUGUAUUUUAAAUUUAAGGAACUUGACUUAUAGUGCGCGUACAUUAUUUUAAUGUGAACGUUUUAUAUUUGGUGGUAUUUUUUAUAUUAGAAUAUUAGAAUUUCAUUUUUAAUUCCCGCCAAAUAGGUAAAUGCACAUAAAAACAAGACCAUUUACAUGCAUUAGCUAUUUAUUGUUAUGUAUAUUAUUAUAUAUUAUAUUAUGUUAUUAAUUUAUUAUACUAAUAUUCAAAUAACAAUAUUACAUUAUUAUAAAUGUGUGAUUAAAAAAGUGAUGAAGAAAUACAACUUUUUUGUUUAUA